AUGCUCACAUGCAUCGACAAUUCCGGCGCCGCACUCGUCGAAUGCGCACAAGUACUGAAGCGGAAGAAGCCUGCUGGCAUUGGUGACAAGAUUGUCGUGGUUAUCCAGAAACAGCGGUCCCUCGGGCACGACUUGUCUGCAGCUGCACAGGCGGCUGUCAAGGUUAGGCGUGGAGAUGUGUGCCAUGCGGUUGUUGUGAGGACAAAGAAGAAGUACAGGAGACCGGACGGGAGCUACAUUCGAUUUGACGAUAAUGCGUGUGUGUUGGUCAACAAGAGCGGGGAUCCUUUGGGAACAAGGCUGAACAGUGUCGUUGGAGAGGAGCUUAGGCGUAAGAAGUGGUCAAAGAUCUUGUCUUUGGCUCCAAUGAACGUAUAG